AUGGUCAGAAGUCUCAGUGAUGAGAGUGAACACGAAUUCAUUGGAAGAUGGUUUGACAACCAUGACGAGACAGUUCAAUCGCCGCAGCCAAUUUCCAUGGAAGAAGACCAAGACCCAAAGGAAAUGCCAUUUGAUGUUGGCUCACCGAAAGAGAUGAUAGCCUACCUGACUGACCUCCAACAAAAGACUGAGGAGAUUCGAUUGUUACACCCUGUCACAGAUGUGCCAUCAGUGUCGUCUGUGCCUUCACUCAACCGAUCAGAAGAGACCAUGAGCUGCAGCACCCGCUCCGUUCUCGAAACUGCUGGAUCGUCUACUGAUGAUGAGCCAGCAACUCUGAGCCAACGGAGUCUCGAGACCAUAACGUAUGGUUACGAUGAAUAUGCCCCAAAUGCUGAUUCAGACUCUUCGUCAGACAUAUCUGGGCGUUUGUCUCCGGUCUCCUACCUGUCACCAAGUAACACAAAUAUCACAUCACCUAGCUCAGAUGGGUAUGACCAAGAAUCCGUUUCAUCAAUGGAUGACAUGGAUGAGAGUGCCUAUGACCUUGAUUCUCCCAACACAGCUCUCGUGGCCAUACAAGAAUCCUACUGGCCCUAUGAGGGUGACCGGGAGACGUGUUAUUCAGGUCAAAACUCUCAAGCCUGUGAUGCAGAUGACGAAAACAACGGUGAAGCACACGAAACCACGAGCAGGAAGGCGUCUACAGCCUAUGAAGUCGGUUCAUGUAAUGGGGCCACAGAAACCAAUGGUCUAGUACAGCACAAAGACCAGCGACCUAAACGUGUGUCUGACGAUGACGAAAACGAGCAUCAACAAGUCUCACGGGCGAAAAAGUCUAAAAGGCAAGACGACUCGCACCUUAGACUAGCUUGCCCUUUCUACAAGCACGACCCAAUCCGAUAUCGCCGUUGUCACGCCCACGUCCUCAAGCGAAAUAGCUACGUCAAGCAACAUCUCUUCCGCUGCCAUAUGCAGCCCAUCCACUGCGACAUAUGCCUCAGCAUAUGGCCGAACGUCGAAAAGCUUCGAGAGCAUCGCCGCGCUCAAACAUGCGAGAAGCGAGAGUACAUUGCACCUGAUGGCAUUACCCCCGAACAAGAGCGUAAACUUCGAUCAAGACUUGGGAGCCAAAACAAGACAGAGAGCGAUCAGUGGUUUGAGCUAUAUGGUAUCCUCUUUCCAGAUGCUCAAAGACCAAAGUCAGCGUAUCUGAACGGCGAGUUGUCUGAGGAUGCAGAGAGUCUACGGGAGUUUAUUGAAGGUCACGGUACAAAUGUAAUGAUGGAACAGCUAAAAGGGUCAGGUUUUAUUUUGGAUGAAGGAAUAGUUAGCCAAGAAUUUCAAAAGGGCCUGCAGAACGCUCUGAGUACCAUGUUUGAGGGAUGGCAGAAUCAGAGAAGGGGGGUUAGUGCGGAUGAUGGAGGUCGGCAGACCAAGAGACUUAAACCACUACCCGGAGAGUUCCCAUCCAUCAAGGCCCAGGGACCUGCGAGGACUGACACUGGAAGCACGAAUACAACUGCCACAAUGUUGGAUGAUCAAAUUGAGGGGGAACAAACAAUACCAACUACUUCAUCGUCCCAACAAAAUGGAGAGAUUGUCCUUGGGCUAUGGAAGUCACUUUCUUAG